AUGAUAAAAUCUACAAGUAAAUGGUCACAAAGAGUGGCAUCGUCAUUAGGUGAUUGUACAUUUGAAAUGUCAAUAUAUGGUGCAUGUGUAACAUCAAAUUUAGAUAAUAUUGAAAAGAAUGUUUGUAAAGUUGAAUUUGAAAAAUUUAAAAAUUGUAUGGCAAAAAGUAUGGUUUCAAAAGUAAAGAAAUAA